AUGCUUAUUAGCGAAGCUAUUUUCCUGGGGAGUUUCUCCCCCCGCCAGAUUAGACAGCAAGUUAUUGAUGCAAGAUUGACCGAAAUACGCCAAUGCGAGGCUAUCUUGACGGGAGCCAGUCAAACAGAAACGUACAAGAUAUACUUGGGCCAGACUUAUUGGGUCAAUCUUGAUAUCGUAACGGCUAAGCGAUUCUUGAAGCGGCGUCGUCAAGAGCUCGAGAUGGAUCGUCAACAAUUGAGAGAACGAUGUUCAAAAGAUGACGCAUCGCAUGAAUUAGUUUUUUCAUCCAAAAAUGAUGUGGAAAAUUUAGCAAGUGUUAUAGAGAUAGAGGAAGAGCUUGACGAGAAUGACCACAUUUUGAGCGCUUCAUUGAAUGGGAAAAUGGUUAAACCAAAACUCUCGAACAGACAAGAAUCUUUAAAACCUAAAGCUUCGAGUAAUCUAACAAAUUCAAUCUCAGAAUUCAAUUUUGAAGACCAGCAUUUCGAAACUUUCGAUGCAAACACCUUUCCACGCGAUUGCGAGUUAUACGAGUUGGAGAUUCUUGCUGGUGAAAUGAACUCCGAGAUGACUGAUGAAAAACACGAAAGUGAAGAGGAAGUAUUAGAAUAUAUCAAUAGCGACGAAGAUGCCGAUGAAGACUAUGCAGACGAGGUUCUCUUUGGAACGUCUUUAUCACUCAUACCGGCGAAUCUGGCUAUUGAAAAAAGACUAAAAGAAGAGCUACAAAAAGUGAACCAGGAUCAGAUCCUUCAUGAAAGAAAAUCAUUUCCAGAAAAUACUUCCGAAAAUAACAAAGGUGUUCGCUUUAGUCGUACUCUUGAAAUCAGAUCAUUCGACUCAAAUGUAACUGCAAACAAUAGAAAACAACUGAAAUUUCAGAUGGAUCACCAGGACAAACAUGACGCAAUUCAAUUCAAAGAUAAACAUACGAAAGAGAGCGUCAUGUCUGAAAAAGUUAUCGAGCGAGCGGAUACACAUGAUCCAAACGCGGAUCGUCUGGAUCCAGUGGUGAGAGAUGACGAUGUAUUGAAAACACACUCUGAUAGUUUUUCAGAAUCCUUAAGGAUACGUGAAGAUGAGAAAGUGAUGACAGGACUUAUCCUGGAGUAUCAUGCAGAUAUCUACAAAGGCGAAGAUAAUCGAUCCGGGUUCUUUAUAGACAAAGUCGAGGAUUUAUAUGCACAAGAAUACGAAGACAGGGCAAAAACUUCAACAAUUCCCACGAGCGAUGUAACGGAGCCCUCUGAUGACAUUCUUCAGGACAAUGUAAUUGAGAGGAUCAAAGAGCCUCAAAGCUUUGAUCAAUCAAUCACAGGAGAGAUCGAGAAGGGGUAUGAGUCUAUGAAGCAAAAAUUUGCCAUCAGUAACAGAAAAAUCAAUGAUGUGGUUGAAGAGUCGGGUGAAUAUGCAGAGAGCCGUUUUAAAAGAUCAAUGCGAAACUUGAGAAAGAAAUGA